UCAAGUCCUCCACCCCUCUUGGAGAGCCUGGCAGGCUACCGAGAGUAUCCCGCCCGCAUGGCAGAGCCUGGCAAGCUCUCCGUGGCAUAUUCGAUGUGCCAAAAACAGUAACAACAAGUCUCACCAUGGAGACGUUACUGGUGCCCACUCAAGCAAAUCGAUGAGCAACAGGAUGACAGUAAUAAGCACUUGGCACAUUACCCAUCUGAUAUGAAAACAACAACAACAACAACAACCGGGAAGAGGGCGAGUGACGGCUGAGAGGAGGGCUGCUGGCGUGAGGCGGGAACAGCAGCCCCUUUGGGGGGGGCGCUGCUGUAGCAGUGGCCCCCCCACACCUGGCCGGGGCCUGGAGGAAGGUGGAAGCUGCCAGAGGUGCUGGGAAACCACUGGCAAGAGAAGUGGGGGCUGUAGGAAGCCAAGGAGGGGGCGUGUGUGGAAAGAGGCCAAGUCACCCAGCCCGGAAGCCCCCAGCUCGGCGCCGGCUGCCAAGGGCCAUCUAAGGUUCUGGCCCAACUUUUCAAAACUCUCCCUCAUUUCCCAAUUCGACACUCCUCCCUGACACGCCCCAGCCGGCUGGUUCCUUCAUUGGCACACAGUUCCCGCAAACAGGCGGGCACGUGGGGCCGGAGGAUAAAGACGGCCGGCUGCAGAGGGCCCGGGGCACCAGGCGCAGAGAGGACAGGCCGGGAUGGCUCCGACGACGGUGCUCACAGGCUUCGCCGUUCUGGUGCUGCUGCAGAGCUGCUCCGCGUACAAGCUGGCCUGCUACUACACCAACUGGUCCCAGUACCGGCCCGGAGAGGGGAGCUGCCUCCCGGACGCCAUCGACCCCUCGCUCUGCACCCACCUCAUCUACAGCUUCGCCAACAUCAGCAACAAUGAGAUCGACAUCUGGGAGUGGAAUGACGAGACGCUCUAUGAGUCUCUGAACCGGCUCAAGGCCAGGAACCCCAACCUGAAGACGCUCCUGUCUGUUGGCGGAUGGGCCUUUCGUCAUCAAAGGUUCUACCAAGUCGCGUCCAACCCCGAGAGCCGCCGGGCCUUCAUCAGCUCCGUGCCGCCCUUCCUGCGCGCCCACGGCUUCGACGGGCUGGAGAUCUCCUGGGUGCAUCCCCAGCGGAGGGACAAGCAGCCUCUCGCCACCCUCGUCAAGGAGAUGAAGGAGGAGUUCUCCCGGGAAGCGGGGCCAGAGCCCGGCCGGCAGCCACUCCUGCUGAGUGCCGCGCUGUCCGCGGGCAGGGUGGCCAUCGACACCGGCUACGAUGUGGCCCAGAUGGCCCAAUACCUGGACUUUAUCAGCCUCCUCACCUACGACUUCCACGGGUCCUGGGAGUCGGUCACCGGCCACCACAGCCCCCUGUUCCGGGGCCAGAAGGACUCACGCUCCGACAGGUUCAGCAAUGCCGACUACUCUGUGAGCUACAUGCUGAGGCGGGGGGCCCCGGCCCCCAAGCUGCUGAUGGGCAUCCCCACCUUCGGGAGGACCUUCACUCUCAGCUCUGCCGACACGGACGUGGGUGCCCCCGCUUCUGGGCCCGGAGAGCCCGGCCGGUUCACCAAAGAGCCAGGGAUGCUGGCCUACUACGAGAUCUGCGACUUCCUCCAAGGAGCCACGGUCCGCAGGCUUGACCAGCAGGUCCCUUAUGCCACCAAGGGCAACCAGUGGGUGGGCUAUGAUGACCAGGAGAGCGUCCGGAAGAAGGUGCAGUACCUGAAGAACAAGCAGCUGGGGGGCGCUGCCGUGUGGGCGCUGGACCUGGACGACUUCGGGGGUCAGUUCUGUGGCCAGAGCGUGCGCUUCCCGCUCGUCGGUGCCAUCAAGGACGCACUGGCUGCGCCUUAGCCCUCGGCCGCCGCUCGAUGCCCGGCGAGACCCACAUCCCUCCCUCCCAGGAGCCCGAGAAGGGGCAGUGGGGACGAGAAGGGGCAGUGGGGCCGGGAGAAGCUGGGGCCACGGGGGCAGAGACCAAUGCCCACCCUGCAGUGGGGGACACACACCGGCCAAUGGCCGCCACCGAGCUGCC